AUGGGUCGGCUCGACCGGAGUGAUACCACAGCCUCACAGAAUACCGGCGUGAAACAACCCAGUGUUGUCAUGGCGUCUUGGAGAGCAAGUCGUAUACUUAAAUUGGUAUCACCUGAUGCAACAUCUCAUACUCAAGACAAUCUGGUGGUUAAAAUCGACAAUACUAUUGUAGAAGAUCAACACAGUACAGCUAAAGAAAACGCAGAAAAUGUUUCCCCAAAUAAAAAUAUUGAUGUAAGUAGCUGUGAUGAGAUCUUAUCAGAUUGUGAUAGAGAUGAUCAAUUUGCCAACAAAAUUGAUGCUCGAUUUAUUAGUUCCCGUAAAACAGAUAAUAGUAGUCUUACUACACACACAUCAAUAAUAAGAACAUUGCAAACAAACCUCGUACCAGAUUAUGACAGUGAUGAUUCAUCCAUAAAUGAUAAUAAUAACUUAGAAAACAUUGAAACUUGUACUGAAAUUGAUCAAAGCAUUCAAAAAGCACUGCCGAAAUCUUCUUCUUCAAGCUCGUCUACAUCAAGCUCGUCUUCAUCGAACUCUACCUCCUCUGGUAGUUCAUCUUCGGAUUCAGACAGUUCUACGUCUUCUAAACGAACUAAUCAACAUUCUGAACAAUACGCCAAUGGUGUAAGACCACAGAGCGCUUCAACUUCCACUCUACCUGCCAAUAUUUCACCAAAUUAUACUGAUGAAAGUGAUAAUAUAGACUUAAGUGAUGACGACCCUACAUUUAAUUAUGAACUGUCUACCAAACGCAAAAAGAAAAACUAUUUUUUUGAUGCCACCAAAACAGACUCAUCUGACAGUGACGACGAUAGUGUUUCAGAUUCUGAUAGAAAGAAGCUUAGUAAAAGAGGGCGCAAGCGAUCUCUAAAUCCUGCAAAGUGGAAACAAAAUAAAGUUAAAAAGCUACGGAACACUGGUGAAUCGUAUAUAUCCAUAUCGAAAUCUCAGAAAGUUAUUCCCAGCCGCUGUCUUAAAGUGCCUUGCACAGAUAAAUGUAGAUUAAAAUGCACAACUAAUAUAUCAAUGGAUGAAAGGGGCUUCUCAGUCGUGGCACCAGAAGUAGCAGUACCAGGAAAAACAACAGCUAUCCUGGUGACUCUUCAUGGAAGAGCUGGAGACGAGACCUUAGAUCCUCUCAAUGUCACUGUCAGGCUUGAAACUCAAGAAGCUAACAAUGAUGUGAAGCUGUUGACUGCGGCCAGUCAGAUGAUUAUGGGUUAUGGCAUCAUUCCGCUGAAGAUUCCAUCGUCGCCAGCCACUCAUUGCACGCUGCACACCACGGUCGGAUGUGUUGGGAACGACGAAUGUACUGCGAAGAGUCACAGUGUGAUCCGCUUGCUUGGUCCGGUGAGAGAUGUGAUCGUGCGGCCCGCUCGACACCAUUAUCGACCUGGAGAAACUAUAACAUUCUGGAUUCUGGCUUUGGAUCACGAUUUGCGACUUGUUCGUGGAGAGCUCGCGUACGUUGCGCUGAGCGAUCCAGCUGGAACGAAAGUUGCUAUAUGGGAGCAACUAUCUAUGGAUGAAGGGGUUCGCAAACUAAGUGCGAUUCUAGCAACUGGUGCUCGAUCUGGUACCUGGCGUAUUGAAGCUCGCUGUGGAGGAGGCUCAGCCCGAGUGGACAUCACUGUUGGAAAUGGAGUGGGCAACGCAGCCCCCGCAGCUCCAGCAGCUGAGCAGCAUUAUGUGGAACUGAGAUUCGCUGACAGUAUGAGAAGACGAUAUAAGCCUGGACUUCCAUUUGUUGGAAGGGUCGAAGCAAUGAGUACUGAGAAACGAGUGCGAGUCCGCGUCAAGCUGUACGAUGACAAAACCGAUAUCUAUAGUCAGGACAUCGACAUGUCGACAGGCGAAGGAGGAUUCAUAGUCCCGACUGUCAUGGCGGACGCGCCGUACGUCAAUUUGCAGGUGUCCAUAGAUGGCGCCAAUAACUUACCAUUAGGUAAUUAG